AUGUAUCCCGUCCAAUAUGCUCCGCAACCGUAUGUGGCUGCUGUGACGCCUACAUUCAAUCAACAGCCUGCUCAGGCUUAUCAAGCGCCUCCAGUUUAUCGACCAGCUCCAGUUCAACAAUGUGUUGCAGCUCCUCCAGCUUAUCAACAAGCACCAGCAGCUCCUGGGUUGGUGGUUCCCAGACCUAUGGGACCCCCACCUGACCGUCUUCCUCCAUGGUACAACCCUAAUGUACACUGUCCUUUUCAUGAAGGUGCCCCCGGGCAUGACUUAGAGGGUUGUUACGCUCUGAAGCAUAGGGUUCGUGAACUGAUUGAGAGCAAGAUCUUGUCUUUUAAGGACAUGGGGCCAAAUGUGAAGAACAAUCCUCUUCCUCCCCAUGGAGAUCCUGCGAUAAAUGCCAUUGAGGACGCUUCUGUUGGUGUUACAGUUGAUAAGGUGGAUGAUGUAAAGACCCCUUUGGCAGCAUUCCAUGCCCGAUUGGUGGAAGCUGACAUGAUUAAUGUUAAUCAUGAAAAUUGUGAAAAGUGUGCCACAUACCCAAAGGGAUGUCAGGUGGUACGAGACAACAUUCAAGAUUUGAUGGAUAAAGGAGUGCUUCAAAUAUCCAGUGUUGUGAAGAAUGAAGACGUGUUGGUAAUUGAACCUUGUUUCAAUUUACCUGAACCAGUUGAAAUCCCAUAUUAUAGUGGUGGAGUGGUUCCAGCGAAUAGUAAGCCGUCACCUGUGGAAAUAUGUAUGCCCACGCCUUUUCCCUACGAGAGCACCAAGGCUGUGUCUUGGAAAUAUGAGAUUACCGUUGUGGACAAGGUAGUUGAAGGAAGUUCAGAUGUUGAAGUGACAGAAAUUGUAAGUGAAGACGUCACCAAUAUUGCAGGGAUGAGCAGAAUGACCCGUAGUGGUCGAAUCUAUACGCCCGAAUUCAAUGUGACUCCUCAAGGGCCGACCAAGGAAUCAACAGUUGUAGCUCCCACUAAAGAACCCGAAGUGGUUCAAUCCGAAGAUGCUGUUGAAUUCUUGAAGUUGAUCAAGAAAAGUGACUACAAGGUUGUGGACCAGUUGCAUCAAACACCAUCUAAGAUCUCUAUUCUGUCUUUGCUAUUGAACUCCCAAGCCCAUAGGGAGGCUUUGUUGAAGGUGCUUGCACAAGCUCAUGUAAGACAAAGCAUAACAGUUGACCAAUUUGAUGGGGUAGUUGCAAAUAUCACAGCUUGCAAUACUUUGAGCUUCAGUCGAGAGGAAUUACCUGAGGAUGGACAAAAUCAUAAUCGUGCCCUCCAUAUCUCGGGGCAGUCACCUCCACUUUACACCAAAAAAUGA